UAUAUUGCAUACUUAUAAAUACAAGCACCCAGAAAAUCGUUCAGUACUCACUCCAAAUUCUGACAUACCCAGAAACCAUUUCUCUCCCACGUGCCAAACGCACCACAAAGAUGGAGUUUUUGAGAUCAACGAAGAUGGGUAUGUCGUUCUUUCAUUCUCACUCAUUUUCAUCACUCAUGUACACUCCCAGUAGUUUCCUCCUCCAACCCAUUUUCCUACGUGGGUUUUCUGGUUCAUUGCACCUGGUUUUGUUGCUUUUUCUCUUAAUCUCAUGGAUAUGUAGGAAAAUCAUGAGAACUCCCCGUGAAGGGCCAAAACGGAGUAGUAACAGGAGAAAUAGAUUUUCCUUCUACAAUCAAGCUCUGUUUUGUGGUUGGGGUCUUUCAGCUUUUAAUCUCGUUCUUUGGAUAUUAAAUUACUUUUCUUGGUACAGAAAUGGUUGGUCUGAUGAAAAGAUUGUAACCCUUUUGGAUUUUGGACUCAGAACACUUGCUUGGUUGGCAAUCUCUGUUUAUCUGCACACCCAUUGCAAGAAUUCAGGUGGGCCAAGGUUCCCAAUAUUAUUGAGAGUCUGGUGGGGAUUUUACUUCUCCAUGUCUUGUUGUUUCCUUGUUGUAGACUUACUUUAUAAUGAAAAUGAUCAAUCUUUACCAACUCCAUUGUUGGUAUCUGAUAUCAUUUCAGCUGUUAUGGGUUUUUGGUUCUGUUUAGUGGGGUUUUUGGGGAAGAAGGAAAGUGAAGAUAACUUUCUUCAAGAACCCCUUUUGAAUGGUACCAGUGCAAGUAAUGGUACAGAGUCGAAGAAGUCUCGUGGGGGUGAAAUAGUUUGCCCCUUUACCAAAGCUAGUCUUCUUAGCAUCCUUAGUUUCUCUUGGGUGGGUCAUUUGAUUGGCGCCGGUUACAAGAAAGCAUUAGACCUUGCCGAUGUUCCUCAACUUGCCGGUGUUGAUAGUGUUGUAGGGGCCUUUCCAAUUUUUAGAAGUAAGCUAGAGUCUGAUGGUGGUAGCGGAAGUAGAAUUACCACAUUUAAGCUUGUCAAGGCACUGAUCUUCACGACAAAAUGGGAAGUUCUAUUAACGGCUUUUUUAGCGCUAAUAUACACACUAGCGUCUUAUGUUGGUCCCUACCUCAUUGACUCCUUUGUUCAAUACCUCAACGGAAAUCGAGCCUUCGAAAACCAAGGGUACGUCCUGGUUUCUGCAUUCUUCAUUGCGAAGCUCAUUGAGUGUUUGUCUCAGAGGCACUGGUUCUUUAGGGUGCAAGAGGCUGGAAUUAGGGCUAGGGCAGUGUUGGUUGCCAUGAUUUACAAUAAAGGCUUAAGCAUUUCAUGCCAAUCAAAGCAGGGUCAAACGAGUGGGGAAAUCAUUAAUUUGAUGUCUGUUGAUGCCCAGAGGGUUUCAGACUUUAGUUGGUACAUGCACGAUGUGUGGAUGGUCAUACUCCAAGUUGGCCUGGCCUUGUUGAUCUUGUACAAGAAUCUUGGCCUUGCUUCCAUAGCUGCAUUAGUCACUACUGUUGCAGUGAUGGCGGCAAAUGUUCCGCUUGGGAAGUUGCAAGAGAAGUUUCAGGAGAAGAUAAUGAAAUCAAAGGAUACAAGGAUGAAGGCGACGUCUGAAAUCUUGAGGAACAUGAGGAUCCUCAAGCUUCAGGCAUGGGAGAUGAAGUUUUUGUCAAAAGUUACAGAAAUCAGGAAAACGGAAACAGGAUGGUUGAGAAAAUUUGGUUACACGGGUGCUUUGACCUCUUUUGUCUUCUGGGGAGCACCUUCAUUCGUGUCUGGCGCCACUUUCGGCGCCUGUUUGCUUCUAGGAAUCCCCCUUGAGUCUGGGAAGAUUUUAUCCGCCCUAGCAACCUUUAGAAUACUUCAAGAGCCUAUCUAUAAUCUUCCUGAUACAAUCUCAAUGAUAGCUCAAACGAAAGUUUCCCUUGACCGAAUAGCCUCAUUUCUCCGUCUUGACGAUUUGCAAAGUGAUGUUGUAGAGAAGCUUCCGAUAGGUAGCUCUGACACUGCAAUUGAGGUAGUUGAUGGGAAUUUCUCAUGGGAUGUAUCUUCACCUGAUCCAACAUUGAAAGAUAUAAACAUCAGCGUGUCUCGUGGUAUGAGGGUUGCUGUUUGUGGCACCGUAGGAUCAGGAAAGUCGAGCUUACUCUCCUGUAUCUUGGGAGAAGUGCCCAAAAUUUCAGGGACUAUUAAGCUUUGCGGGGCAAAGGCAUAUGUUGCUCAGUCACCCUGGAUACAGAGUGGGAAGAUUGAAGAGAAUAUACUGUUUGGAGAGGAGAUGGACAGAGAACGGUAUGAGAAAGUCCUUGAAGCAUGUUCUUUGAAGAAAGACCUGGAACUUCUCUCCUUUGGCGAUCAGACAGUCAUAGGUGAGAGGGGAAUCAAUUUAAGUGGGGGUCAGAAGCAGAGAAUACAGAUUGCACGCGCUUUAUACCAAGACGCAGAUAUUUACCUAUUUGAUGAUCCGUUUAGUGCUGUGGAUGCUCAUACGGGAAGCCAUCUCUUUAAGGAAUGCUUAUUGGGUCUUUUGGGUGCAAAAACCGUCAUUUAUGUUACUCAUCAAGUGGAGUUCUUACCUGCUGCGGAUCUCAUUUUGGUCUUGAAAGAUGGAAGGAUUACUCAAGCUGGGAAAUACAAUGACAUCCUCAAUUCAGGGAGUGACUUUAUGGAACUUGUGGGCGCGCAUAAGGAAGCUUUAUCAGCACUAGAUUCCACAGCGGCUGGCUCAAUAUCAGACAAAUCGACCAUUGAGGAAGAGAAUGGUAGCACAUGUGGUGUUCAGAAGUCCAUGAAGAAAGAGGAAGCUGCAAACGGCCAAAAUGGAACAGACGAUAUAGUUGGACAAAAAGGACAGCUAGUUCAAGAAGAAGAAAGGGAGAAAGGAAGAGUUGGUCUUUCGGUCUAUUGGAAAUACAUAACAAUAGCGUAUGGAGGAGCUCUUGUGCCUUUCAUAUUGUUGUCACAAGUUUUAUUUCAGAUACUUCAAAUAGGAAGCAACUAUUGGAUGGCUUGGGCUACUCCAGUAUCAAAGGAAGUGAAACCUCCGGUCAGGGGUUCUACUCUCAUAAUCGUCUAUGUGGCUCUGGCAAUUGGAAGUGCUUUCUGCAUUCUUUCUAGGGCCUUGUUUCUGACAACUGCUGGGUAUAAGACUGCCACUAUACUCUUCAACAAAAUGCAUUCAUGCAUUUUCCGUGCUCCCAUGUCGUUUUUUGAUUCCACCCCAAGUGGACGAAUCUUAAAUAGGGCAUCUACGGACCAAAGUACAGUGGAUUUGAGCAUGCCAAUGAUCGUUGCGGCAUUUGCAUUCGCAAUAAUACAGCUACUGGGUAUAAUAGGGGUAAUGUCACAGGUUGCAUGGCAGGUGUUCAUCGUAUUUAUCCCCGUGAUUGCCACCUGCAUUUGGUUACAGCAAUAUUACAUACCAUCAGCGCGAGAACUGGCACGAUUGGGUGGUGUAUGCAAAGCUCCAGUUAUCCAGCAUUUUGCUGAAACUGUGUCAGGAUCCAUUACCAUUAGGAGCUUUGAUCAGGAAUUGAAAUUCAAGGAGUUGAGUAUGAAACUGAUAGAUGGGCAUUCUCGGCCAAAUUUUUACACUGCUGCUGUGAUGGAGUGGCUUUGCUUCCGCUUGGAUAUGUUAUCUUCUAUUACAUUUGCCUUCUCUUUGGUUUUCUUGAUCUCCAUUCCAACAGGAACAAUUGAUCCAAGUAUUGCAGGGUUAGCAGUUACGUACGGGCUUAAUCUGAACAUGUUACAGGCGUGGGUCAUUUGGAAUCUUUGCAAUAUGGAGAAUAAAAUGAUAUCAGUUGAAAGGAUACUUCAAUACACUUCUAUCCCAAGUGAGCCUCCACUUGUUAUUGAAGAAAAUAGGCCAGAUGGUCAAUGGCCAGCUCAUGGAGAAGUUGUUAUCCAAGAUCUGCAGGUCCGAUACGCCCCACAUAUGCCACUUGUAUUGAGAGGCCUUACAUGCACUUUCCGUGGAGGAAUGAAGACAGGAAUUGUAGGGAGGACAGGCAGUGGUAAAUCGACCCUUAUACAGACACUCUUCCGCAUUGUUGAACCUGCUGCUGGUCAAAUUCAGAUAGACGGUAUCAACAUUUCCUCGAUUGGGCUCCAUGAUUUACGAUCUAGAUUAAGCAUCAUUCCUCAGGAUCCAACCAUGUUUGAGGGGACGGUGCGAACCAACCUGGACCCACUCGAAGAGUACACAGAUGAACAUAUUUGGGAGGCUCUUGAUAAGUGCCAACUUGGAGACGAAGUCAGGAAGAAGGACGGCAAGCUUGAUUCAGCAGUUACAGAGAAUGGGGAGAAUUGGAGUAUGGGUCAGCGGCAGCUGGUUUGCCUCGGGCGGGUGCUGCUCAAGAAAAGCAAGGUUUUGGUGCUUGACGAAGCCACCGCAUCAGUAGAUACAGCCACUGACAAUCUCAUACAGCAAACGCUGAAGCAACAUUUCUCCGAUUGUACCGUGUUAACCAUUGCACAUAGGAUUACGUCUGUUGUCGAUAGCGACAUGGUUCUGCUGUUAGAUAAUGGACUGAUUGAGGAAUAUGAUACACCCACAAAGUUGCUUGAGAAUAAGUCAUCCUCUUUUUCUAAGCUUGUCGCAGAGUACAGUACAAGGUCUAGUUCUAGCUCUUAGAAGUAGGCAAAUAAUUGAAUAUGAUCGUAAGAUAUUCGAUGACGACGAUGAAAACGAUCGAGGCAGUGCAUUUUGUAGUUAGGAUUGAUUUGAUAUUGUGCUUCUACUUUGGAAGUGACGCUUGUCUUGGGUGUUGUAAUGUCGUACACAACUCUCAGUUUCAUGUGAGAUUUGGUGUUGUAAUCAACUCGAGUAUAUUAUUAUUACGUCUGCAAUAAAAUCCACUGUGUUGUGGCCUUCUUCCUGUGAA